AUGAGGACUCGGAAGAGCAACGGAGUCUCGUCGGAUGAUCUGACGUUGGACAAUCUGCCGCUGGGUUGGAAGCAUAGAGAAGGCGAGGAGGGGAACAUGAUCUACACAACGAAUGAUGGUAUCAGACUGAGCACGGAGGAAGAGGCAAGAAGAUACCUCGAGGAGAAGAAGAUGAAGGAGGAGGAUCAGACUUUGAUCCUCGAGAAUCUUGUCUGGAAAGUCGAUCGCAGGCGGAAACAGAGGGUGAGCGAGAACGGAGGAAGCAAGAAAUACCAGGUUGACAUCUUGUUGAAGUUGCGGCACAGCGAUGGGAAAGACGAGGCCUCUGAGAUGGGAAAGAGCGCCACAAGCAGCAAGGCCAAGGCAGUUAUCCCUUCCUACCUUCGCUCGCGCUUCGGGGACAAGGGCUCGGCGUACAAAGACGUGGCUCCGUCUCGAUCCAUUGAGUUUCUUUCUCCUCAUCGGAAGGCCAAACGGCAGGAGGAGGACGACGAGGAUGACGAUGAGGAGAAGGAGGAGGAGGAGACGACAUCUCAGAGUCGGAACGCGUCGGACCACGACGAGAACAAGUGCGAGGAGAAGACCCCAAGGAAAAGGACCAGGGAUUGGCAUAGCUCCUGUGAUAACAACGGGUUUUUUUUGGGGGAAGGGUCCCGAUCCCCGCAACUGGAUGACCUCCGAGCUUUUGUGAUGGAUCGCAAGUCAUACUGGGGGGACGAGAUUGCUUUGCGAGUGUUUGCGGACAGAUUCAAGAUUGCGUCAGACGGCCACCUAUACCUCAACAGCGGCAUGAUCCACCGGCUUAAGGAAGACUGCCCUCAAGGGUGGGACAGCAAUCUUGAAGAGUCAGCGAAGCUGUUCUUCUCCGCAUCGAUUGAACACGAUGUUCUCCCAACUCUCCGCACUCCAGUCAUCCGAAACACCCACACCCUGAGACAAGUCAAGUCGGCCAACUCCAUCGAGCGGCAGUGCAACAAUGGUACAGCUUUUGAGAGUUGGGUCAUCGAUGGGUUUCCGGCGGGAACAAGUUUUGUCGAGAGGAUCGUCUGCUCAAGGAAUGGGGACAACCCAGAGUUCACGAUCUCCAAUACACCUGGUGACGGCGACUGCCUCUUUUACGCUAUGGCGGAUGUUGCCAUGGAGGUGCUCGGUGACGUCAACAACUCGGAAAUCCCACCCGAAAUUCACCAGCUCAAGGGAAACGAAUCUUCCGUGUCAGUGCAGGUGACUUGCGAUCCUAUCCCGUCGCCUUCCUCAGUUUUUUGCUCGCAGCGGCUUCGACAGAUGGUUUCUGAGUCACUCACUGAAGAUGAGCUUGCGUUCUUCAUCGCUGCCAACGGCCUCUAG